AUGUACAAGCUCGUCCUCUGCCUCCGCUACCUGCGGACGCGCUGGAUCGCCCUGGCUUCGAUCAUCAGCGUCACGCUCGGCGUGGCCACCAUGAUCGUCGUUAACAGCGUCAUGGCGGGCUUCACGCACGAGAUGCGCGACCGCAUCCACGGCAUCCUCAGUGACGUGGUAUUCGAGGCCCGCAGCCUCGACGGCGCUCCAGACGCCGAGAAGCAUAUGGAGCUGAUCCGCGCGCAGGCCGGCGACCUCAUCGACGGCAUGAGCCCCACGGCUCAGGUCCCUGCGAUGCUCGGCUUCACUGUCAGCGGGCAACGCGUCAACCGCCAGGUAAUGCUCAUCGGCAUCGACCCUGAGAGCUACGGCAAGAUCAGCGACUUCGGGCGCUACCUCCAGCACCCGGCCAACCGCGGCCAGCUAAACUUUGACCUCCGCGAAGGGGGUUACGACACCGCCGACCCCCAAGCCGAAGACCCCGCGAAAGCCGCGCCGCGGCCGAUGAUGGAAACGGCGGGCUGGGAGCACCGGCGACGCAAGGCGUUUUGGACGCAGCGUGAAGCGGAGCUCGCCGCACGAGUUGCGAAGUCGGAAGUGGGAAGUGAUCAGAAGUUGGAAGUGGGAAGUGGGAAGUCGGAAGCUACCGAGGCAACCGCGACAUCAACGGAAUCCGCAAUCCCCAAUCCCCAAUCCGCCGUUUCCGCAGACCCCUUUGCUCAAGCCGAGGCAACAAGCGGCGACGCCGGCAAGACCUUCGACCCCUCGACCGAACAACACCCGGGCCUCGUUCUCGGCAUGGCGCUCGGAAGCUUCCGCGACGCCACCGGCGAGGAUCGCUUCUUGGUGCUGCCAGGCGAUGACGUUGAAGUUACCUACCCGAUGUCUACGACGCCCCCGAAGCCGGGGAAUGCGUUCUUCACCGUCGUCGAUUUCUACGAAUCGAAGAUGAGCGAGUACGACUCAUCGUUCGUGUUCGUCCCGCUCGAAGUGCUGCAAGACAAGCGUGGCAUGAUCGACCCAUCGACGGGCGUCGCCAACUUCAACUCGAUCCAGAUCCGCUGCAAACCGGGCGUCGAUCCGAACGUGGUCCGCGACCGCUUGCAAGAAGUCUUCGAUCCACGGGCGUAUGUUGUGAGCACCUGGAUGGACAAGCAGGGCGCGUUGCUCGCUGCUGUGCAGAUGGAGACCGCCGUGCUUAAUGUGCUGCUGUUUAUGAUCAUUGCCGUGGCGGGCUUCGGCAUCCUGGCGAUCUUCUACAUGAUUGUCGUCGAGAAGACCCGCGACAUCGGCAUUCUCAAGAGCCUCGGCGCCAGCGCCAGCGGCGUCAUGGGAAUCUUCCUCGGCUACGGCCUGACGCUUGGCAUCGUUGGCGCCGGCGCAGGGAUGAUCGGCGGCCUUGUCUUCGUAGCCUACAUCAAUGAGAUCGCCGACGUCCUCGCCUGGGUUACCGGCACGCCCGUGUUCGACCCAGCCGUCUACUACUUCGCCAAGAUUCCCACGAUCGUCCACCCGCAAACCGUGGCCUGGAUCGUCGCCGGCGCGAUGGCGAUCGCGGUGCUCGCCAGCGUGCUGCCCGCGCGACAUAAAGCUGUGAUUGAUCAUUCCGCAUUCCGCAUUCCGCAUUCCCCUUUAGCGCCCGUGGUCCUCUCCGCGCGCGGCGUCACCAAGACUUACCGCAAGGGCGCCGUUGCGGUGCCCGUGUUGCGGGGGGCGGACAUCGACGUUUGCGAGGGCGAGAUGCUCGCCAUUGUUGGGCAGUCGGGGAGUGGGAAGAGCACGCUGCUGCAUGUGCUCGGGACGCUGGAUCGGCCCGACGCGGGCGAGGUGGUUUAUCAAGGCGAGCGGAUCGACGCGCUCAGCCGCAAACGGCGAGAUGCGUUCCGCAACACCGAGCUGGGGAUGAUUUUUCAGUCGUAUCACCUUCUGCCAGAACUCUCAGCGCUAGAGAACGUGCUAGCGCCAGCGCUGAUCCGAUACGACAUGUUUGAUUACUUCGCCAAGCGGCGCCAACUGCGCGAGCGCGCCGCGGCGCUGCUUGAGCGCGUUGGUCUCGGUCAUCGCCUCACCCACAAGCCGCGCGAGCUGUCGGGUGGCGAGAUGCAGCGAACGGCCAUCGCCCGGGCGUUGAUGAACGAGCCCAGCUUACUGCUGGCGGACGAGCCUACCGGCAACCUCGAUCCCACCAGCGGCGAGGGGGUCCUCGAACUUCUCCGUGGCCUGAACCAAACCGACGGCUUGACGGUCGUUAUGGUCACCCACGACCGCAGCAUCGCCGCCCUGGCGGACCGGACCGUCACCCUGGUGGAAGGCCGCGUCGCCGACGAAGAGGCGGGCCUACGCGUCCAGGGCUAA